GUUGGAGGGGGGCAGCGCGGCUCGGCUGGCGGGCCAGACAGCCGGCGCGUCUCGUAAUGUUCUUCUGAGUCUUGCUGCGGACAGACGCUUUUCGCCAUCAUGGACCUGAUCAUGGGCUACGAAUCAGAGGACUCGUCCGACAGCUCCUCAUCGUCUUCAACAAGUUCGUCAUCGUCUUCAACAAGUUCGUCAUCGUCUUCAACAAGUUCGUCAUCGUCUUCAACAAGUUCGUCAUCUUGUUCAACGUGCUUUUCGUCAACGAGCUCGUCGUCGACGGCAUCGAAUUUGAGCGGGGACACUGUUCAUUUGGACCAUAGUUCGCUAGUGCGAGAAAUUGACGCCAUGGACUUCUAUGUCGAGACAAUGUUCAAAAUGCGAUGUAAGCCACGGUAAUACGUUACCGUGUGGCUCUCUCUAAGAUCUCUCUCCGCGAAAAGAACACGAAACGACAUAGAGCUGUUUUAUUUCAGUCGAUCAUCAACCGCGUAGCCGCCCAAUGCGGCACGACUCGCGACAUUUUGCUGCCCAAUGCAGCCGGUUUGUAUUUUAAAGGGUGAGUCCAAUGUGUGCUUAAGCGAGAAAUCGCUCUGUCCUUCCCUGUUUUUAAACGAACCCGUUUCUACCACGCGCCGCGCGCGGGGGGGCCAGAGCGUCAUGUCGCCGCGACCACCUGUUGGAGUGCAAUUCCACAUUACCUCAGUACCGCCAACAAUCGACACUGUGCUCAAGGCCCCGCCCGCCGCCCCUUGUUGAGUGUACCCAAAAUAGAGACCGAAAUAAAGUAAAUUUCUAGAAAUGUUACAGCCACCAAGCUUUUUGGUGUCAACCGAACUUUCUGCCGUGUUUCUGCAGUACACACAUUCAUGCUGCCACACCGACAACAUAGUUUCAAUCCAGUCGGUCAGCUGGGAGGCCCCAUUGUUGGCGGGCACCCCCGACAAGGCUGCGCAGUGCAUGAGAGAGGAUGCGGUGCCUGUCCGCGCCCGCGAGCUUUCGUUCGGGACGGACGCGCAGGAUGGCUUCGAAGUGAAGAAUUUCAGUGAGAACUCCCUGGAUAUGCCAGUUUUGGAGUGCUUGAAUAAGACUUUAUUUGCUGAGGAGGAAGUGAUGGCAGACGUGCCGCCCGGGUGGAAGGAUCUAUAGUUUGACUGAAGUUGUAACUGUAGUGGUGGAACUAUACUUUUAGACUGCAAUACAAAGACACUCUAAAAAAAAUUAAUACAAAAAUUUGUAAUUUGGAUAUGCAGUUUUUUCAGCAUCCAUGAUACAAAAAAUUGUAUUCUUUUGGAUAUUAAAAAUAAAUUUGUAACGUGGAUACAAAAAUUUGUAUCCAUCGAUACAGAAUAAAACAUUUCGUUGUAUGCUCUGACACAUAAGAAAAAGAGAUUUUUUUUUCUCUUGGAUGUCUUAUCCUAGACGUUUCACUCUCAUCACAGACGAUUAACUUCAAUGUAGUACUUUACCUUACCGGGAUUUGAACCCCGAACCUCUGGGUUGGGAUUUGACGCCCUAGCCCACGCGGCUAAGGCGACUUCCUGCGAGCAGUCAUGCUCCGACCUGGUGUCGUUCUCACCCGUCUACUGGUUUGCCCCAGACCCAGAGCCUUUCCCAUAGCCAUCGAGCUUUCAGAUGGCAAUUCUAUGUUAAUGCUUUGGGAACAGAUUUUAUUUUCCAUGUUGCCGCAGUCAGUCUAACAGCUACUCGAAUCGUGCCCAAUUUUAACGUUAAAUCGGCGAAUCUUUGAACGCAAAUAUAGAUUUCUGUUUCCGUGUUACAGAAAUUUGUAUUCCGGUUACAGAAAUUUGUAAUCCGAAUUCUAAAACUUUUAGAAUAAUAUAAAAUUUUGAAAUAAAUGUAGAAUUUUGUAUUGUUUACAAAUUUUAAAAGAAUAUUACAAGAUUCUGUAUCAUCAUUACGAAUUUCUGUAUCACAGUGCCCGGAUACAGAAAACUGUAUCAAAUUUGAUACAAAAAUCUGUAAAUUUUUUUAGAGUGGAGGACUUAAACUGUGCAUUAAUGCGAAUAAAACUUCAAGUCCGGGUGCAUCGUAAACUGUGUUACGAACUGUGUUUUAAACUGUAGUUGUACUGUGUUUUCUUUGCUGUCGCAUUAUGCGUUGGUUCUACAGAUCGAUCUAUAGUUCAAGAGCGUUGUUUAUGUUGAGUUAAAGAGUACUGAGACACUGCAGUGUCACUUAUAGUAGUUAAAUGGAGUGUACUCUGCACUCUUGUCGUACUUAAGGUGCAUUCAAGUUUGCAUUUCAAGGUGCAUUUAGAGGUGCGAAUCCAACUGUAGGUGAAUUCUGUUGUCAAUACCAUAAUUUAAAUGCACUUAAAUUGCACUGCUUGUCCUUAACACUGAGUUAUAUUGAUUAUUAACAACUUUGCUGCUGGAUCUCUACACAUGGAUUACCAUAUUUUAAUAAUGGAUGCUUAAGUCCACUACCGGUGUAAAAGGCAAGCCACGUUCUGCUUCCUGCUGGACUCUUUUACUUGCCUUCCAAAAAUGUUUUUCGUGAAAGAGAUAUGAAGGAAUAUGUCUUUAACAAGCAGGUUAUUUUGGAGCGGAAAACACAGUGACAACAAAGUUAAGUGAGUUAACUGGGGCGGAACUAGGUUUAAACUGUACUUCAACUGUAUUCCGACUCGGUCGGCCGUCGGGCUGGGACCCUUCGCAUGACAUCAAGUUACCGCAUGGCUACUAGUGUGGUGGCGCGGUGGCUCAGUGGUCAGCGUAUCGGGUUCCCAGCUCCGAGGUUCGAGGUUCGAGUCGCGUCAACGUCCGCUUCAAGUUCAACAUUCGGUAAGGUACAAAGCUCUGAAAUUACUAUGUUAACAAGGGGGAAGGAGGAGAGGAGGGAAGGAGGAGAAAAGUGUCCCAAAAGGGGAGGAAAAUUAAUUUUGAAAUUAUACAUAUUAUGCGUUCGAACACAACUUUGUAGUGUACAUAGCUCUCCGACAAAUUUAUAGCUAAAGUAAAGUUGUACUGCAGUGAAAACUUCAGUCGGAACAGUGCGGGAACUCCGCCAAGCUAGGUGAAAACUAUGGUAAAACUGUGCGACAUGCGAAAUCCGUAGAGUUAAACUAUAGUUUUGACACAGUUUUCUGCAGUUUAGAUGUAGUUCAACUACAGAAAACUGCAUUUAAACUGCAGUGAGUACAGCUGCACUUGAACUGUAUUUAUUUCGUUGUUUGCACUUCCGUUUAAAUUGUACUUCAGUAUGAGCUAAAACCAAGUACAACUUUACUUAGACUGGUUUUUAACUUCGGAUUUCGAAGAAGUUGAACUACAGUCAUUGUUCCUAAAUUCGGACUUGCGCCCUAAAUUCGGACAUGGUGCCGUAUUUCACUAUUGUCGCCUCCAAAUCCAUACUGCGUCAACAAAAUUUAACUUCCAUGGGUUUGAUGGAAAGGUAAGACCACCAAGUUUCCAUUUCUGCCAAAAAAAUAAAUGUGUGAGUGAUAUUGCUUCCUCCAGAAAUUCCUGGAAUUUGUAUUUUUAGCCCCCCAAAACAGGACUUUUUUUAAUGUGUCUUGUAAGAAUUUGGGGUUCCGAACAGUGUAAGCCCGGGUUAUUCUGACCACAAUAUAUGUGAAACUUGGUACUUUUAUCUUCAAUAUGACACCAAGUUUUUGAUUUUUCGUCGCACGGUUUAGUAUUGGGAAGCGUUUUUGCAAUGCGCCCUAAAUUCGGACAUAGGCUUUUACAUGCAAAAGUGACUACUGUCCGAAUUUAGGGCACGUUAAAAGCGAUCUUUAAGCAGUUCUGGCGACUAAACUAUACCAGAUAAGAAAAUUUGGAAGGUAGGGUAAGGUCAAAUUUUUUCAUGAAGUUUCUGUACCCCCCGAAAAAUUUUCACUUUUCAUAAUUUUUCAAAGCUGUCCGAAUUUAGGACGCAUUGGUUCCUAAAUACGAACACGAUUCAAACAGCCCUCACCCCUAUACCGUUCGCGCGAAAAAAUAUUUUCGGUGAGUGGUAGGUGCGUCUCGACGUGAGGAUUCUAGAAUCCCCAGCGAUUUUUCAUAUUUCAAAAAUUCUAGAUGUCACAGGCGUUUUUCCUCAAAAACCGUCCGAAUUUAGGGACAAUGACUGUACGGUUCUCAAAGACGGUUCGAACUACAGAUCCUUCCACCCGGGCGGUGCCUCAGGUGGAGCCGGUGCCUGAGGUGGAGCACGAGCCUGAGGUGGUGCUGAUAGAGGAGGGUGGUGAGGAAGUUGAUGUCGCCAUACCUGAGGAAGUGUUCAAAAGGAAAAGAACUAGGGCCAAGCGACCCCCCACUCCAGCUGCAAGGCCUGCUGUGGCCCAAAAGGCAGGGCCUUCAUUUGUUCAAUCCACGAAGCAGCAUCCGAUGGGGAAGGUGCCUGACCCUGUGUUCCAUUUGCCUCCACCCCAGCCCCAUCAAGCACUAUUGGUUGAUAACGUGGAUAUGAGGGAAGUGCUAAAUGCCAAGCGGGCUCGUAGAGCACAAGAAGAAGGGAACAACAAGCGACAGAAGAAGGACUGAUGUUAUUUUUUGUAUUCUCCUUUUUUAUUUUUUUACUCUACUUCAUGUACAUGUGUACAUAUGCACAUUUCUUUUUGUCUAUUUCAUCUGUGCUCUACUGAAUAUUUUGUACUCUAUUUUGUUUAUACUAAAACUUUUUCAUUGAAGAGCAUACCACA